AUGGCAGACAAAAGGAACAAAAGGAAAAAAAUGCGCCCAUCGGACAUGCGUCCAUACGACUACUUGUUGCUCAACUGGUUAAAGGUGCCCGGCAACUAUCACCGAUAUGUGAAAGCUGAUGCUAGAAAACGAAGAACUGGUGAAAGAAGAAUGGAUAUCGUCGCCGAAAUAUGCGAAAUUCUCGCAGGCCAAGGAUUUCCUGUGGUAUCACAAGGUACCGUACUUCAACGACUUAACGAUUGGGUCAGGUGGUACACCUGGGCACGGGAAAAGGCACUUGAUGGGAAAGCUCCUGAGAUCGUGAAGGAUACCUUUCUUUACUACUAUGACCUGGUCGAUUACAUUGAGACAAAAAGUAACGACGACAACAAUAACAACAACUCGACAACAAAUCAGCCUAUGACAGGUGGUCCUUCACAUGCAUCUCGUAUUCGCCAACCCAUCGUAAUAUCAUCGUCAGCAGCUGCUUCAGACAUCAGCGACGCGUGUUCUCAUGAUGAUGAUGACGAUGGGCAAAGUCUGGAAUCAUUCGACGAAGACCAUCAACCCACGGAUAUCGUUGAAAUCUCACCACUCCACCAACAACAGCAUCUUGCAACAACAACCAUGAAGAGUGUUAAUAGUAACAUCAGCUACGAUAAUCAACGAGAAGAUGCCAUGGAAGUAGUAGAGGGAUCAGAGCCCACUCUAGCAAAUACACAACAACAGCGACAUGAUAUCCUCCAGCAGCAGCAGCAGCAACAUCCACCCAACCGACAACAUACAUCCACCCCCUAUGAGUCCCAACCACAACAACAACAGGUAUCAUCCUCUUAUCAAGACCUAAUGGAAAUGCAAAGCCGCCAAAAAGAGAUGAUGGAGCGUUUGAUCCAACAGCAGCAGCGGCAAACAUUGAAGGAUCAAGCACGCAGAGAUCGUAUCAAGCAACUCCAACUUCGUUUAUCAUUAUUGGAUCGAAUGAAGAAAGCUGGAUCUUCCAAGGACGAGAUUGCUGCCCACAUCAACCAACUUCAGUAG